AAUAAAUGUUUCUGCCUGGCCCGUUCAGCGGCAAAGACGCCCAUUUAGCGGGACGUGGCCUGUUUGGGCAGUCGACCUGCACACACAGGGGGAGGGGUGAGCGCCACUUCUCACCAUGGACGGCAUGGAGUUCUUCUUCGAGGAAUCUGGAGCAGGGCUCGUACCGCGUUUGGACGGCGGAGUUGUCUUAAAAGAGCUAGUUGCCGGCGCGCAACUGACUAAGGGCGGCACGGGUGAAACUGCUCAUGCGGAUGAGGACUUGAUUUCUCCUCUGCCGGCGCGUCGAGCUGGAGGCCACAUGGAUUACGAAGAGGGAGGAGGUGCUGCAGAAACAUUGCGUUCCGGCAAUAUGAGAAGAUGCAAUUUGACCGCGACUCAGAAGAAAGUUACCAGGAGAAAAGGACAAAACUAGGCGGGAUUGUCCUGAAGCAAAAUAUCCCAAUUGAGGCACAUGCAUCGCAAGUUUAUACCAGGACAAUGUUUGAGAAAUUAGGUGAAGCACUGUAUGAGUGUGGGUCGUAUGAUCUAAUAGAAGUCAAGCCGUGCUUGGAGUACAUUGCUAGGCACAUCAAAUUUCAGUCCAGGGAAAAAUGGUGCAAGAAUAAAUUUAUGAUCUCCGUGAGCGAGACAGCUGAUGAGUUCAGGUGCGAGUGUGGAACAUUUGAGCACUAUGAAAUGGUUUGCAGCCAUGCACUUAAGGUCAUGAUACAUCUAAACUGCAUGAACUCCCUGCUAAACAUGCACUCAAGGGAUGGACUAGCUAGAGAUGCAAGAGAUAUGCUACCGCUAGAGUAUUUGCACUACCAGAAGGAUCAUGCGCCGCUGAAGUAUGCGAGAUGUCGAAGGGUUGGUCGAGCCAGUUGUCGCCGUGAGGGAUGGGCUUGGUUUGUCUGAUAGAGAGAUGGCAGCAGAAUCAGCAGGAUCUGGCGUUGGUAACAAGCAGCACUUUGGACGAACUGAGUCUGAACACACCAUUUCACAAGGAUCAGAUGUGUUCCCAGCGUCGUCGAGCAAACGACAGGCUGGGCGUCCAACAACCAGCCCCGACAAGGCUCCAUAUGAACAACCAUCGAAGCGAAGUAGAUUCUAUUCUAUAUGCAGAGUUCAACAUGCACAAUAGCACAACAUGCCCAGCCAGGGGGAUGUGCCAAAGGCAUCUAGGAAAUCUCCUCGCUGCUCAAAAUGUGGGUUAACUGGGCACAGGAAGAACACAUGCAGCAACCCACCUAAAGUCUGAAAAAUCUAAAAUUUAUUCGCAAUCAGGUACUAUAGGUUGACAUUCUUUAGAAUUCCACUAGAUAUUCUCGUGUGCUGUGGUGAGAUUGAAGAAAUUUCGGUUCAA